CGAGAGCACGGGGAGAGCCGCAGCCAUGUCCGGCGUGGGAUUCCACGGUGCCCCAUUCGGUUCUGCAACGGCCAGGUUCAACGUCUCUGGAAUUCAUCCGCAGCUGAAGCCACUCGGCACCUACACAGAGGCCCCCUACUGCUCGCAGACCAUGAGCAACCAGGUCAGGGCACUGGGUCCCGGGCGCUACAACCCCGAGGGCUCCGGAGGGUUCGGCGUGCGGGCCGUUUCUCGACGGGCUAGCGGGCCGGGCUGGGCACGCGAGGUGGAGCUGUCCCGGUCGGCCCGGAUACCUCACUUCAGACACCGCGAGGCCUGGGAGAAGGAGCGAACCCAGAAAAGUAGGCUAGGCCCUGGGAUCUAUGACACAAAGGACUUCAUUGACCUGGAGCGGGAGAAACCAUCGAGUCGGAGGGGAGUGUGCGACACGCUGGAGGAGCGCUUCUUGAACAUCGGCAAGAGUUCGACUCCUGGUCCGGGCUCCUACGUGCGGCCGGGAGCGGCGUGGGCCCACCAUCCAUCCUCGCGCGGCCCCAUGGAGUUGAGCAGCACCGUCAACCGCGGCACCCCCGAAACGGGCAGCGGAUUGGGCCCGGGGACCCAUGAAUACAGGAGCUUCACGGACGAGUUGGCCGCACGGGUCGUGAGCGCGCGCGGUCCGUACGACCUCUUCACGGGCCGACGCACGGACCCCGUGCGCACCGGGUGGCUCGCGGCACCGGAGUCACUGUGGUCGGGCCCCCGCGGCUGCCCCCAGCCAUCCAUGGCCGAGGCGCUGGCCGCCAGGACGAGGAGCGGCCGCUUCGCCCCGGAGCCCGGCCCCAACGCGCGGCCCGGCCUGCGCCUGUGCCUGGACGCGCCGGCCCACUGCCGCCGGGAGCCGAGCUGGCCCGGGCCUGGCACCUACGACGUGAACCUGGAGGCGCGCGAAGUGCGGAGCGCCUCCCAGCCUCCCUUCCUCAGCAGCUCGGCGCGGUUCAACUCCCGCUCGGACCGCCUCUUCAUGGGCAGCCAGAACCCCGUCGGUCCGGGCCGCUACAACCCCAGGACGCCCGCCCGACCGCCGGCCUCUCGCGCCAACGCGACCCCCUCCUCGUCCUCGCGUCGAUACCUGGCCGACCUGGAGUGGGACAAGUACAUGCGAGAGAGGCUCCGACCACUCAACAUUUACCCAGAGGUUGGGCAACCUCGCCUGGGCAUCGCCACGCGAUGAUGAGGAAUCGUUCCGGGCAUUGCGGAGCGCCUGACGGAGCGGUGCCGGCGGGGCGGCGGGUGGAGGCUCUUGGCCCGGGUUUCCCUGCUUCUUCCCUGCGAGUGACCAACUCGUCCCUGCGUAGACCUCGAAAAGAUGAAGCGAGCGUUGAGCCCGGAUAGCGCUUGAACGAGCGAACAGCGUGCAUAACAGGGGUGCUAUUAUAGGCUGCUGCCGGGGCACGCAGGUACCGCAAAGUCAACUGUUGUACUCUUGCUAUGCCCCAACGUCAACCCCCCACCGCAUUCACCAACCCGCACUGACCAGGUUGGUGAAGUAUGGUCAAGUAAGGCAUGCACGGCGAGGGGAGGCUCUCAUCUCUACGCCGUACACGAUGUGGGGCUGGGGGGGGGGGGUACGGGCAAUGAUUUUGAGGGUGAUAGGAUUGUGUGUGAGCAGGGAGCGGUGGCACAAUGGUUAGCGCACUGCACUAUGAACCCGGUAACCCGAGUUCAAUUUCCACUCACAAGCAACAACAGUGGUGAAUGUUUGAACCGGUCCUGGGCUUUCCUCUUGAUUGUCUCAGCCUUAAAUGAGUACCUGGUGCGGGGUGUAAACAUCAGCACUGGGGAGACAAAGGCGGCCGGGCGUGGUGCUGGCCACCCACCCCCUCGCGUGCCACAGUGCCGGCCUUCAUUGGUGCUCGCUAACAGCACUUGCCCCAACAGUCUGUUAAAGGCUACACGGGGGACUUUGUCUUUGUGUGUGUGUGUGUCAGUGAACAUGGGCUUGCUGCAGGAUGAUUCGGUUUGAUACCGAGACCCGUACACCCCUCCGUUUCGACGACCGCGCCUCCUACGGCCAACGCCGGACAGAGCAACGAAUGAAACAUAAAUGCGGGUGGCCUAAACCUCGGAUCCAAGUCUGACGUUCAUGGUCCGACCUCUUUACGACCAUCUCCGGGAUCGUAAAGCGAUAAACACGUGGCCAUGUGCAGCAGUCAGCUGUUUGACGGCGCCCGUCAAACUGCCGGCCGUGAAUCUAACACCAAAAAUAAAACCCCAACGCCUCUCGUGUCGAUGAGCGGCCGUGUUAAUUGGCUUCUCUCUUUCUUUGUUGUUUCCGUAAUUAGUUUUUUUUUUUAACGCACCACGGAUGAGUCACGCAGAGAACGGAGCCGUGCCCAAAAUAGGGCCCGCGUCACGACCUGUAAUGAGCAACAUCUCCGCUCGAGCCGCCAAUGCACGCGGCGACGCGAACGAUUUCAAUGUGAUUCAUAAUCAACGUUUUUGGGUUUAGAUCGCGUGAUUUGUAAAUGUGUCGAAACCCUCCACCACCCGAAACGGCCAAUCAGCAAAAAAAUGUCACGUUGACAAAAGACAAAUAGUUCGCUGCUUUAGCCCACCGGUUUGUUGAAGCGUGAAACCACAAGGGAGGGUUACAACACAUUUAUAAAUAACGCGAUCUAAACCCAAAAACGUUGAUUAUGAAUAAUAUUGGUCGCGAAAGCCUGCUACGUGUUAAACUGAUGUCAAUGUGAGUGCACAACGGAGGCCUUCGCGACCAGCGAAAUUGCUGUCGAAACUUCGUACUCUGAUUAUAAACAUUGCGGCUUUGAUCUCCAACACACCGGUUAGUGCUGUACUCGUAACGAAUUGGGCCGUUCUGUUUACGUGACAAACCUUACUAAUUGGCUGUGUCGGGCGGUGGCGGGUUUAACGACACAUUUAUAGUUAUAUUAUUGGGUCUUUCGGUGAAAAUAACCUAUCUCCGUGACUUCACCAAAAGACCCAAGAAUAUGAAUUCCCGCAGUCACGAAAUCUUUAAUUCAAGCUCUGACACAUUUAUAUAUUUACGCGAUCUAACCCCAACUAAAAAACAAGUUUAACCCGUAAAAACAAAGUUUUUCACUAUAAAUCCUUUAUAUGCGUGGCGGCUAGAGUCAUCUCGUCCUCUGACUUGAGAUGGCUGCCACCUAUGGGUCAGAUGAUUGCCUGCCACCAUUAAGCAAUUGGAAAUUACAAAUAAUAUUUUUGUCCUAAAAAGUGUAAAAUUUUGGAAAAAAAUAUUUCACGAACAUUAAUUGUCACGCACAACGAGUCUGUGUGGAAAAUGUCAGCUCGAUUGGAUCACGGGAAGUGGGUUAAAAAAACGACCGAAAGAUUUGCACGGUCCUAAGCAAGCAAGCGAACUUAAUAUAAAGGAUUUUAGAAACCACCUGCAUUAUGGAUGUAAAUGUGGCCGAGUACGCGCUGGCUGGCUCGUUCCUGCACGGAAAGCAGUGAAGCCGAUGGCCCCCGCGUGUCAGGACGUGGCAGGCGACUUCGUGGUUGGUAAAAGUCCACGGCCACUCGGACACGGCUCGCGACGUAUAUUUAUUCGCCACUUGCGAAGCGUCUGAGCCGCACUAAUCGGGUACAA